AUGUUGGCAGGCCCCAAACAGUUGGCGUCCUAUACAGACCACCUGGUGGAUCUGACAAAGAUGCCCUACACGAAUUUGAGAGCCUUCUUAAUCAGUACAUUGGGUACUGAUCAUAGAUUUGUUUUGUCUAAGAUCAAGCUAUCUCUUCGACGAGCAAAAAAGCAACCCAAGAAAACCUGGUAUAAUUGGGGAGCACUAAAAUCGGAUGAAGACCUACAGAAGAGAUAUGCAGUAGAAGUCAAGAAUCGGUACUCUGCUUUAUGCGAGCAAACUGAUGAAAGUGAGGUUACGGAACUGUAUGGGCAUUUUGUUGAUGCGAUUGCUGAUACCAACAAAGCCAUACUGCCUAAGAGAGAAAAGAAGAGACGUGACGAUUUCGCGGGUGAUCAGCGAGUUCAAAACGUGCGUACAGCGUUGCAGCAAGCAGAGACUGUCUAUCACCGGGAUCCUAGUGAAGACAGUCGACUCUCUGUUAACGUACUUAAAACUGAACUGGAUCAGGUGUACCAGGACAUCUUUGAAGAAGAUCUAGUUGCCAAGGUUAAAAGGGUCGAAAUGGCUGCAGACAGAUGCAAAAAUAAAGAAAGUUGGAAUGUCAUAAAUGAGAUUACUGGUAGGAAGGCCAAGGGGGCAACUCAAAUAAGGGGCAACGGAGCCGAAGAGAGGAAGGAAAAUUGGCUUAGGCAUUUCACGAAUCUUUUAGGGAGUACACCUGAUGUGGAAAACGAACAUCCUAGGAUCGAGACUCAAUUUGAAGGACUCAACAUCAGUACAGAACCUUUUACUCUAGAGGAGCUCAAAGCUGCUAAACUCAGGAUUAAAGAAGGUAAAGCACCAGGUGAUGACGGUAUACCACCUGAAGUCCUCAAAAGAUGCGACCUGGAUGAAAUCGUGUUGUCCUUCUGCAACAAAGCCCUGACAGAUGGUAUUGCGCCAGAUCAGUGGAGGAUAAGCAACAUCAUUCCGGUCCCCAAAAAGGGAGACUUGACAAACCCUGGAAACUGGAGGGGGAUAUCUUUGACUUCACUUGUAGCAAAGACUCUUAAUAGAAUGGUGCUUAAUAGGAUCCAGCCGGCCAUAGAAAGGGUACUUAGGGACACUCAGAAUGGUUUUCGGGAAGGACGGUCCACUACUAGUCAUAUCUUAGCACUCAGAAGGAUACUAGAGGGGGCUAGACAGAGAAACUUACCGGCAGCUAUGGUGUUUGUUGAUUUUAAGAAGGCCUUUGAUUCACUUCACCGGGGAAUUUUGAUGCAAAUACUAAAGGCCUAUGGGAUACCAGACAGUAUUGUGGAUAUCAUUAAUCUACUCUAUGUAAACACAAAGGGCAAAGUUAUUACACCUGAUGGGGAUACUGAGCUAUUUGAUAUCCUGGCAGGAGUUCUUCAAGGGGAUACGUUAGCACCAUACUUGUUUAUUAUAGCCCUUGACUAUUGCAUGAGACAAGCCUUAAGCAAGCACCCUGAAAUAGGAUUUACCAUUAAGCCUUAUAGGAGUAGGAGAGUUAAGGCGGAGAAGAUAUCAGACACUGGUUUUGCAGAUGACAUUGCUCUGAUAGCAGAUACUGUAAAGGAGGCAGAGACGCUGAUGCUAGAGGUAGAAAGGGUUGCUGCUACAGUGGGACUUAGAAUGAAUGAAGGGAAAACCAAAUUCAUUACUCAGAACAUCAAGAACCCUGAUACCAUCAAGUCCCUGGGUAACAGUACAAUAGAGCAUGUGGAAGACUUCACUUAUCUGGGUUCUAGAAUCAGAGACAGUGAGAGUGAUAUCAGGGUUAGGAAAGGAAGAGCAUGGGGAGCAUGCCACACACUCAAAAAGCUUUGGAAUUCUAAGCUUAGAAAGUCUAUCAAGAUCAGAGUGUUUACAGCACUAGUGGAGUCGGUGCUACUGUACGGUUCCGAGACUUGGACAAUGACGAAAAGGCUAGAGAAGAUGGUUGAUGGUUGCUAUACGCGAAUGUUAAGAAUGGCCCUUAACAUCAACCAAUAUCGAGACCAUGUCAGCAACCACAGCCUGUACGGUGAUCUUCCCAAAGUCAGCUCCAAGAUAACCCAACGAAGGCUCAGACUUGCAGGUCAUGCUCACCGACAUCCGGAGCUGACACUGAACAAACUGAUCCUCUGGAAGCCGAACGGCCUUCUGUCCCUACUUUCUCUGUCAGAGAAAGUAUGUGCAGUAAUAGGGGGUAAAAGGUUGUCUAUCGGUGACAACCCCAUCGAUGAAGCAGCAGUUGCUUCUUCCGUAGCUGCUGACUCCAUUUCUGGAAAUGCUACCCUCCAUGAAUCCCUUCAGGCUAUUCAAAAUAGCAUUCUUAAGAGAGAUAAGGUGCACAAUGGCACUCUCAAAUCAAUCAGUGGCCAGCUUAACACCCUGACUCUCUCCAUUGAUCAGUACAUGAAACCAUCAGAUAUGUCAACUCCAGAUGUACCACGUAACACUGCAUUUCCUUCUUUCCCAAUAGGCCUUCCUAAUAUCAAUAUCGAAAAACCAGAUCCUAAGAUUGACUUACAUACAGUGCAAAAUCCUAUAGACACCUCCAUUGGUCACAUUGAGUCAUUCACACCAGAUUUUGUUGCCCAAGAACUUUCGGAUAAACUCACUGAAUACCUUGACACAUUCAGUGAACAGCAGUACCUGUGA